UAGCUACAUUCUGAGUCACGAGAUCAAUCACCCUCCAGAAAUAACCCCAGAACAAUGAAUUCAUUGAGGAAAAUAAACUACAGGAAAAGUCAAAAUCAAAAUGUAAACAAAAUUUAAUCAUAACCCAAUAGCUUUCUAUGCGAAACGAAGUUUUCUGUUAAGAAUUAAUACCAACAAACCGUAGCUGUGACUGUUUAUAAACCAUUUAAGAAGUUUGACUGCGUGAGUCACUACGGGGUAAUCUUAAUAUCUUGGAAUUCCAUCACGUAGUACUGGUAUAUUUGGAAUCUCUUUAGAUCUCAACAUACAUCAUAGUAUGAAAUCAUAUUAGCUAGUUACACCUAAGGUAUUCUAUUAACUUAAGAUGGCAAGCAAACUAAAAAUAUCACUAAACCAAUUGUUUGUAAUAAUUGCAUUGACUUCAGCAGCUGCAAUAGCUCUCAUUAUAACCGGAAUUGCACUAAGUUGUUACCCUAAAGUAGAGUUCAACGAAGAAAUUAUUAAACGGCAAACCGUAAUAGAUUACACGCAUUGCAAGCGUGUAGGCUUUCAUGAAACAUGUGGGAGCUAUUUCUAUAAACCGGAAGGAGACAGUUGUAUUUGCUUUCUCAAUAACAAUUUCGUCGACCUGCGCGGCAACUUGACUGUUCAUUCCCUACUAGAGAUGUCUAAUCAAGAAUUCUUGAACAAUGGCAAUUCUAGUGCAAAGUCAUUUGCUGAUUUAAUAUCGACGUCUAACAAGCAAUGCGAUCCAUACAACGGUGAAAAAACUGCCAAUGACACUUGCGAGGCUAUUCCAAACGAAAUAUUUCAAGAUUAUUUGGUACUGACGAAAGCAGAAACACAAGACUCGAACGAUUCAGAAGUGAGCUUCUCCAAAUCGACUAGGUGGGGUCCAGCUGCGAACCAUUCUGUAAAUGGUUUUCAGAAUGUCAUAUCAGUUUUGAUGUCUAACAACUGGAAAUAUGAUGGACCUGAUGCGAAUAUAAUGAACAUGUUUCCACCAGGAAACUACACACUUACUGUCCGCUUUUAUGGGAACCCCAACAUUUGGCGAAGAGCUCUAGUCAUCUCCUCGAAAAGCAUAGACGUCAAAACUACAUACAGAUCGAAUGCGUUUGACAUCGUUGCACUCAUCUUGGGAAUGAUCUUACUCUUUGGUUCUAUUGCAUUGCUGGAAUUACGAUACAGCAUAACAGGAGCUCAGAGGAAUAACGGAGCUAUGAACAUUUUAGAGGAACGCACGCCAAACAAUCGGAUAUCUGAAGUUCUGCCUGAAGAGAAACCUUUGUCUCCGUUGUUAAAUAAUGACCCAAUCGUAGAUCCGGUACUGAAUUGUAGCACACCACUCGACCCCACGAAAUGCGACGCGAAUUCUGUCUGAAUUCAAACCGUUUAAAGCGUCCCUCAAACAAAAGCAAUGGCGCGUUAGUGCCGUAAAUCGUUUAUUUCGUUUCUUACAUUGUAAAUGAUAAGACCACCUAGUAAGCAUAAAUACUUGUGUCAGUACAUCGUUAUUAUUCGUUACCUAACAUCGUUAGUCAUGAUAAGAGUUUGUGAAACGUUUUUUUCUCUAGGAAUCACCGAAAUCAUUAGGCAUCCGAUUAAGGCUAUAGUGAAAACGUGCAUAAGCAUUUCUCGUUGUGUAUCAUUUUUGGAAAAAAAAAUUAUAUUUUUUUAUUCCCAACGCUUGUUCAAUUUCGGUGGGUUUAAAAAAAAACCUGCUGUCAUUUUUAAAUAAGUGUCUAUGAAAUAAUAUUAUGAAUAAACAAAAAGUGGAGUUCUUUUUUGUAGUAAUAUAACUUGUAUUUUAAUUUUGUUGUUAUUUUUGAAAACUUUUGUCUUUCAGAUUUUGUAAGAGACUGCACUUCUAGUAAUUUAUAGGUCGAAGCUAGCAUUUGUAACAAUUAGAUCUUUUUGUAGUUAAUGCGUGCAUGUGACAUGACAUGUUAAAAUAAAGUCAAAAUUAACCA